UUGUUAGCUUUUUCUACUCCCACGUUUCUUCCCGGCGGUUUCGUAUUGUUAUGGCUUAGCGUCCAAAACCUCAUUUUUUUUUAAAAAUUAUUAUUGGCGUAGUAUCUUUUGUUUCUGUAAUAUUCUUGAUUAUAGAUCUCUAAAAAAAUUUUGAGAUUUCUGCAUCGUGAUCUGUGGCAGAGUAAUUGCUGGGCAGUGUCCCGCAAGAAACUAAAAAAAGAAACAUCACAGAAAGGGACCAACUUGAAAGGUGCUUAUUGAUAGUUUGAGAAUGGUUAUUAUGAUUAAUUUUGCUCCCCCUGAAGAGGGAAUUCAUCAUCAGGAACCAAAUACGGUUGCCUAUUAUGGCAACAAAGAAUUAGGAAAAGGAACUGUUUACAUAACAGAAAAUAUCUUUUGCUGGGUUUCCCAUAAGGGUGAAGGUUUCUCUUUGGAGUACCCUAAUAUAUUUAUUCAUGCAGUUUCCAGAGAUGUAACACAUUUUCCUCAUGAGUGUUUGUUCCUCAUGAUUGAUGGAAAGUUCUAUGAUGAAGGAAUUAUGCCAUCCUUCAACAUUGAAAAUGGUUUUGUUGAAGAAGAGGGUGAUGAGGAAGAUGAAGGUGAAUAUGACAUGGAUGAAGAUCAGUUUGAAGAUGCAGAAGCUUAAAAACAUAACUCCAUAUUCCCUUCCUUUUGUAUAAAUGUUGUCCAUCAAUACUUUCAUGUGUCACUCGUAUCAUGUGUAAUGUAUUUCAUGUGUAACUCGUUUCAUGUUAAUGUUUGUAUAAACAUUAAAAUUUCAUAAGUGUUUCA